AUGUUGGGUAACAGCAGCAGCCCCAAUUGCACUCUCUCCAGCCCACCUCUUCUGGGGGAGAUCUGCAAGCUCUUCGUCAUGGUCCUGCUGAUCGUUGCCAUCAUCCUGGGCAAUGUGGUGAGCCUCCUGGUCUUCCUGCAAGCCAGGCAGUUCAGGACCUCUCAGGGCUACCUGAAAACCUCCUUGGCCCUGGCUGACCUGGCUGUGGGGCUCAUUGUGGUGCCCUACUCCAUAUACAGGGAGGUGAGCAGUCUAGCCUCUGGUAUGGGGCAGGGAAGCAGCAGUUACUCUAUCCCAUCCUUGCCCUGCUUCAUCACCGGACCCAUCUUCGCCGGCUGCACCUUCGUCUCCAUCACCACCAUCUUCCUGCUGUCAGUGGAGAGGAGCGUGGCGGUGCUGAAGCCCCUGCACAAGAGGGCGGUGAUUACCAAGCGGCGGACGGUCUGGCUCAUCCUGCUCUCGUGGUCCGUGAGCUUCUUGCUGGCAGUGGUGCCUAUGAUCUCCAGGUCGGACAUCACCUUGCAGUAUAACCCCUGCAGCAAGAUGUGCACCUACACCUUCCCAGCAGGCAGGCUGCCUGGCUCCGCCUGGAACGUCAUGCUGCUCUUCCCAGCCUUCGACUUCUCCCUGCUGGGGGGCACCUUCGCCAUCAACUUCAUCACCUUCGCCGCCAUCCACCAGUACUGCAAGGCCCGCAGGCAGCUGGGCAGUGAGGCACAGCACGGCAGCCACCUCUCCUCUGACAUCACCGCGGCCAAGACCAUUGGCAUCCUGACCUUUGCCUUCUCGGCCUCCUUCAGCCCUGUCGCCGUCUUCGUGGUGGGCUCUGUGCUGGGCUACCAGUGGUGUCAGUUCUCCUUCUACGCCUUCUGGAUUCUGACCUCCAACAGCUGCUGGAACGUGGCCAUCUACAGCGCCUGGGACCCCAAGUUCCGGCAAGGAGUCAGGGAGCUGUUCAGAAAGCCGGUGCUGAACUCUGCCUCCCAGCGCCCCAGCCGCUCCACGGAAGGGGACAGCUCAGCUCCAGCCUGUGUGGCUGUCCUCAAGGAGAUGUUUCAGAGUAGUCUCUAA